AGUGGAGCUGUUCUCCGGGAAGUCAGUGUCCAUUUCAUAACACACCGAGUUCUGACUGUUCCUCAGGUUAGAUAAAACUUUACUGGUGCCUUUGGGCGGGUUCCCUCAGGGAAAUUAAGAAGAACAGCGUCGCUUUCUUCGAAAAACGUGGAUGAUUUUGUGAUUUAUUACGAGUGUGAGUAAUGGCUAUAUUCAGUGACUGCUCUGUGGUUCUGGACCUGAAAAAUAUCCCCUUUAAGGAGAAGAGAAAGUUGAUGACUGCUAUAUUGGACAAUGGCGGAAACAUAUCAUAUGUAGUGAACCAGAAGUGUUCGUUUGUGGUUGCGAACAGUCUGGAGAAUAUAAGCAGCAAUCGGAGGAGGAGUGCUCAGAAACACCGGACACCAGUGGUCGAUCUGCAGUAUGUCUGGAGAUGCCUGGAGAAAGGACUGUUGGUACCUGUCCAAGAGCAUGUCUUAAAGCCACAGAGCUCAGACCACACACCUGAACAAACUGGGCUGAAGUCCAGAGAGCAGCCUCAGGCCCAAAUCAAUAGCAUCCAUGAUGAAAAAGCCAAGAUUCAAGUGAAUGAUGGCACGUACCUGGGCCGCUUCAGAUUAUACAAGGAAAAUGAUCAUGAUAUACCAGAAUUUUCUUCAGAUUUCCAAGUUGCCAAGUACUCCAUUUUGGCUAAGGCUCAGCCCAAAACAUGGUCAGUCCUAGAGCUUCAGAGUGCCAAAGGCCAAGCAGGACGGCAGUAUCGUGUUGUGAGCGCCAUCAUUAAUGAGGCAGAGAAGAGGGUAGUGUGGGAUAAACAGGUGCACAGCUGUAGCUCUGAGGAUGCUGUGGAGGCGUAUCUGAUGCUGAGCAAGGAGCUGGAGGUGCAGAGCUUCUCUCCGACACAAACACUUCCCCCAUGGGCUGAAAAACUGACCUCUCAUGGCCUCCAGCAGCUUCUGUUGGAGGAGAAGCUGAGCUGCAGUACAGUCUCACAGGAAGUGGGCGUCUUUCUGGAACUACUCUGGGGAGAAGCUUUUGGUUCACUUCGCAGUGUCCUGACCCGCCCUGUUAACAGCAUCAGCCUCAGCGAUGUGAGCAGGGCGGAAGGAUUACUGUUGCAGGUACAGAAGAGUGAGUGUGACGAUGAAGUCAAAAGUCUGCUGGAGGAAGUCAACACUCUGCUAUCUCUUAGAAUAAGAGAGUCGGACUCAAAAAACAAGCUGGUGUCCCAGCAACUAGAUCUCUGUCAGCUGAUCAGAGAUAUUCUGAACAUUACGGAGGUGAAUUCAGGAUCCACCUAUCCAUCGUCCUUGGGGAAAUAUCGUGCUCUGAGGUGCAGUAUUGAGCAGGUGCCAUCUCAAAGCCCAGAGUUUCUGUCUGUCUGCCAGCUUCUGGAGGAUAGGCCAGCUCAGAUCCAGAAAAUACUGCGUGUGAGUAGAGGGCCAGAGCUUCAUAUGUUUAGGAAUGAACUCGGCAACAUUAAGCCUCUCCUUCAUUCCACUGCUCCCAGCAGCCUGGUAGGAAUCCUGUCUCGGGGUCUGCUGCUGCCCAGGGUUGGAGUAGAGCAGCACGGGAUUGAAAGAACAGACAUUGGGAAUCUGGGAAGUGGCAUCUACUUCAGUGACUCAUUCAACACGUCAGUCAAGUAUUCCAAACCCAGCGUGACUGAUGGCUGUCGCUUACUGCUGGUGUGUGAGGUGGCUCUGGGCCAGUGUAAAAACCUGCACAAGAGGGACUUCACUCUUACCUCUGCUCCUGAGGGCUAUAAUAGUGUGCAUGGAGUUCGUCGCACACCAAAAACGCGCUCUGAUUUUGAGGAUGAUGAAUAUGUGGUCUAUAACACAGACCAGAUCAGGCUGAAAUAUGUAGUUCAGUAUAUUCUAACUGAGGAUGAACUGAAGGACUUUCAGCCUUCUGUUAACAUGACUCCAGCGCCUCAGUAUAUUGCAUCAUCUUCUGACCUCUUGUCCAGUGAUGACGGUGAGGGUUUGGGAGUGACUAAGAACCCUCUGGAGGAGGUCACUGCCGGUUUAUUGGACAGUAAUGGUCAGACACUCCCUCUGCAGGCUGUACAUGUGAGAUGUAAGCUAAUGGACCUUCUCUCUCAGGUUGUCAUUUUCCAGACAUACACAAAUAACAGCAUUGUUCCUAUUGAGGCGAAGUAUGUCUUCCCUCUAGAGGAGACAGCAGCAGUGUGUGGUUUUGAAGCCUUCAUUAAUGGAAAGCAUGUUAUUGGAAAGGUAAAAGAGAAGGAGCAGGCACGUAAAGAAUACAGGCAGGCUAUAGAGAAAGGCCACGGAGCCUACCUGAUGGACCAGGAUGCACCUGAUGUGUUCACCAUCAGUGUGGGAAACCUGCCCCCUGGAGCCACAGUGCUGAUCAAAGUGACAUUCAUAACUGAGCUGGUUGUGAGAGCAGGCACCAUCGUCUUCUCCCUGCCAGCCAGUGUGGCUCCAUGGCAGCAAAGCUCAGCACUGAACAAGAAAACCCAGACGACUGUUGAAAAAGUCUGUGUGAGUGAGCUUCAACCAGAGGGAGAAUUCUCUCUGUGCAUGUCUAUUGAGAUGCCGUAUGAGAUCCUUAACCUGGAGUGCUCUCAUCAAAUCAAAUUCAAGAGGACAGAUUGUAAGGCAGUAGUGAGCACAUUACCAGACCAGACUCUCGGCACCGAUGGCUUUCAGCUCAGCUUUACUCUGUCUCAGAUCCAUAUGCCCAGAAUGUGGGUGGAGAAACAUCCAGAGAAAGACACUGAGGCCUGCAUGUUGGUGUUUUAUCCACACUUUGAGUCCAGUGGUGUUUCUGUGUCAGAUGUGAGUGAUGUGAUCAUUGUGCUGGAUACGUCAGAGUCCAUGCGAGGAGAUGCAAUGCUCAAUGCGCGCAGGAUUGCUCUGAAGGUUCUCAACUCACUGGACCGUUCACUAAGAGUCAACAUCAUUUCCUUUGGCUCUGAUUACAAAGAGGCCUUCCCUUCACCAAAUUUGCUGCACGAGGCAUUUGAAGAAGCUAAGAACUUCAUUAUGACCUCGACUGCUGUUGGCGGCAGUACUGAGCUAUGGAGACCUUUGCGCACCCUGAAUCUGCUGCCUCCUUCACGCGGGGUGAGAAACGUCCUGCUUAUCUCUGAUGGACAUGUGCAGAACCAGCCUCAAACCCUACAGCUGGUGCGAGACAAUGUCAGACACACACGCCUCUUCACCUGCGGCCUUAACCUGACAGCUAAUCGUUACAUGCUGAGAGCGCUGGCUCAGGCAGGUGGAGGAACUUAUGAGUUUUUUGACACAAAGGCAAAGCACACCUGGGCUAAGAAGGUGAAUUCUCAGGUGAGGUGCAUGGUAUCACCAGGCUGCAGUUCUGUGGCAGUUAAGUGGCAGCAGUUCAACCCCACAGCUCCGUCUCCUGUUCAGGCUCCCUCACAGCUCCAUGCUCUCUUCAGUAACUGUCACACUUUGGUCUACGGCUUUGUCCCACACUGCACGCAGGCCACACUGUUUGGUGAGCUGAGUGGGCAGGAAAUUGAGACCAUGGUUUCUACUACAGAAUUACAGAAGACUAAAGGGACAUUGCUUCACAAGUUAACAGCAAGAGCAAUCAUCAGAGACUAUGAGGAUGGCAGUCUCGGCUCUAAUGAGGCAGAACAUGAGGGGAAGAAAGCAGAGCUGAAGUCCUACAUCAUUGAGCUCAGUAAAGAGUUCUCCAUCCUGUCCCAGUUCACCAGCUUUGUCGCUAUUGAAGAAAGAGGCCUGGAACAACCUGACUCCGGUUUUACUGACGUCCCUAAGAUAAUUGCAGAAGAAGAUGUGGAUAUUCUGUCUUAUAUGGGCUGGACCGAACAGGAAACGGUUGGAUGUGAGAAUGAAGAGACAGAGUCUUUCUUGAAAAUGAUUGAUGAACUGGCAAAAAGUUUUGUGGUUUUGGCCCGCUUACCGACAGGAACACGUUGCAUCGGACGUGUUGGUGAAGGAAACAGUGGAGAUGAGGACAUGAUGGGCAGAUAUGGUAUGUGUAUGGCUCUUUCAGAUCGGGAUGAGGAAGAGGAAGAUGCAUACGAAAUAUUUUUGGAGGAGACUCACCCUCGCGAGAAAGCUCGGCGUGGGUUACGUUCUCGCUGGGAUGAGACUCCUGCUGCAGAAAACGUAUUUCAAGUAAACAAUAAAUCCAGUGGAAGCGAGUCAUCAGAAUACGACUUUGGCGAUUACGACAGCAUGGUUGACAGCAUGGUUGAUGGCAGUCCUUGCAUAAGUCAAGAUCAACAUGCAUACUCAAGUCCUCUACAUCUGAAGAAAAAAAGCCUCUCACAAGAAGACUAUGAAUUAUUAGACUAUGAGGAAGACGAUGAUCCCACUUCUCUCAGUAUAUACGACUCUGCUGGAGUCAGCCUGCCUGCAGAUAUUCUUUCAGCUCCUGCUGCUGUUGGUUCUGCUUUUCCUCCCAUUAAGGAUUUUAACUCAGAUACUCUUAAUGUCAUUAAUCAAAGUGCCAGAAGUAAUAGUUUCAGUCAGGUCUGCAGAACGUCGUCUUCUCCUGCUGCCAGUAUUGGUUUUGAAGUUUCUUCUCCGUCUUCUACUGAUGGUAACCUUUUUGAAGGAGCACGUAUUCUUCCUCGUUUACUUGGCAGAGCCCCUCAUAUUACUCGUAGUUCUUGUUUUCCACCUUCCCUUCUUUUUGAAUCCAGAGCCUCAGCUCUUUGUAGUGGUGCUUUUGAACCCCCUCCUCCUCCUCCUAGCAUUAGUUCUGUAGACCCUUCCCCUCCCGCUGGAUUCAGAGUCCCAGCUCCUUGUAGUGUUGCUUUUGAAGCCCCUCCUCCUCCUAACGUUAGUUUUGGAGAACCUCCCCCUCCUGCUGGAUUUAGAGCCUCAGCUCUUCAUCGUGAUGCUUUUGAAACCCCUCCUCCUCCUAGUAUUAGUUCUGGAGACCCUCCCCCUCCUGCUAUAUUCAGAGCCUCAGCUCUUCGUUCAGCUCUUCAUCUUGGUGCUCGUCUUCCUCCUCCCCCUCCUGCUUUAUUCAGAGCCUCAGCUCUUCGUCUUGCUGCUUGUCCUCCUCCUCCCCCUCCUGUUGGAUUCAGAGCCUCAGCUCUUCAUCGUGAUGCUUUUGAAGCCCCUCCUCCUCCUCCUCCUAGUAUUAGUUCUGGAGACCCUCCCCCUCCUGCUAUAUUCGGAGCCUCAGGUCUUCAUCGUGUUGCUUCUGAAGCCCCUCCUCCUCCUCCUCCUAGUAUUAGUUCUGGAGACCCUCCCCCUCCUGCUAUAUUCGGAGCCUCAGGUCUUCAUCGUGUUGCUUCUGAAGCCCCUCCUCCUCCUCCUCCUAGUAUUAGUUCUGGAGACCCUCCCCCUCCUGCUAUAUUCGGAGCCUCAGGUCUUCGUCGUGUUGCUUCUGAAGCCCCUCCUCCUCCUCCUCCUCCUAGUAUUAGUUCUGGAGACCCUCCCCCUCCUGCUAUAUUCGGAGCCUCAGGUCUUCGUCGUGUUGCUUCUGAAGCCCCUCCUCGUCCUAGCGUUGGUAGUGGAGCCCCUGCUCCUCUUAUAACUACUUGGCAAGCUCCUGGUUCUUCUAGUGUUGGUUUCGGAGGCCCUGAUUCUUCUUCUGGUGUUAAUUUCGAAGGCCUUAUGGGAGCUCCUCCUGUUAGAUUCAGCUGGCAUCGUUCUCCUCCUAGUAUUAGUUCUGGAGACCCUCCCCCUCCUGCUAUAUUCGGAGCCUCAGGUCUUCGUCGUGUUGCUUCUGAAGCCCCUCCUCGUCCUAGCGUUGGUAGUGGAGCCCCUGCUCCUCUUAUAACUACUUGGCAAGCUCCUGGUUCUUCUAGUGUUGGUUUCGGAGGCCCUGAUUCUUCUUCUGGUGUUAAUUUCGAAGGCCUUAUGGGAGCUCCUCCUGUUAGAUUCAGCUGGCAUCGUUCUCCUCCUAGUAUUAGUUCUGGAGACCCUCCCCCUCCUGCUAUAUUCGGAGCCUCAGGUCUUCGUCGUGUUGCUUCUGAAGCCCCUCCUCGUCCUAGCGUUGGUAGUGGAGCCCCUGCUCCUCUUAUAACUACUUGGCAAGCUCCUGGUUCUUCUAGUGUUGGUUUCGGAGGCCCUGAUUCUUCUUCUGGUGUUAAUUUCGAAGGCCUUAUGGGAGCUCCUCCUGUUAGAUUCAGCUGGCAUCGUUCUCCUCCUCCGAAUAGUGAUGACUUGGAUUUUGGAGCCCCUGCUUCUCUUGCUGCUAUUUCUCUUCGCAGCAAAAGAAGACGUGCUAAGUCAGUAGAAGAGAGCAGCCCAGUGCAGACCAUCAGCAUAAGUGAACUGUACAGACGACCUGACAGAAUCAACUGGGAGGAGCUGUUUAACCUCCAACACCAGGAUGGCUACUGGGAAUGUACUGGGACACUAAGUAGAUUCCUGGGCCUGGAUGUAGACUUCUUUGCUAAUGUCUUCCUGAAAGAGAGAGGCAUCUGUUCUUUGGGUGCAAAGGCUCAUGCUGACAUCUUGAAGCUGGUAGCUACGCUGCUGGUAUUACAGUUGAUGCGAGUGAUGAAGAUGACCGACGGGGAGGUGUUCCAGUCUCUCUUCCGCCUCACUGACGACCCCGAGCCCAGGCCAGCCUGCUGGGAGGCAGUGAAGAGGGCAGUGGAGUGGGUGUGCUGGGCAGACAGGCAGUACCCAUGUAUGUGCAGCAGGCUGGAGCUUGGCUGGGACUGGGAGUCCUGCACACGCCAACUGCUGGGGUUGGACUCGCCGCCCCCCUUCUCACCUCUGAUCCCUGUGCUCCAGAGAAGUUCACGCCUGCCAGUCAUGUAGAAUCCAGGCCUCCUCUGGACCUGGGGGCUGUAAACAAUUAUUACAAAUGAUGGACUCCUUCCAACAAUGGAAGGUUUCAGUGACGUAUUACAAGCCAUCAAUUUCCAUUUUAAAAUCAUUAUUUAAGUUGUUUCAAUUGAUGCUGUUUUCGAUGUUUUCUAACUCAAUCAAUAGUGAGAAAUUAGUUAAUUAAAUUUUAAAUGUUUUUUCUCUCAUUGCUUAUCAUUUAUCCUUUAACUGUACAUCAUAUACCCAUUUUGACCUGGGGCAGUUUAUAAAAUACUCUUAGGCCACACCAAUUUAAUUAGUUGGUUCUUGGAUUUUUUCAGGAAAAAUAUGACGCGAGCGAGCAAAAUAAAAAUAAAAUUUAAAAAAUGCUCGGAUGGUAAAAUUAGUGGUGGAAAUGGAGGGCUUUCAUAAUAGAGAAACAAAACAAAGACAAUACAUUAUUUUUUGUUUGCCCCUCACAUCAAUCAAUGAAAUAUAUAAACCAAACCCACCGCCACAGAGUUGUAGUCCAAGUUGGCACAUCGCAGGGUAACAAGCUCACGGCAUCUUGAGUACAACUGUGCAAAGUUUUCCCCCUCUUGAAGUUCGACACACCUGUCAAAGAUUUUACGCUUCUGUUCGCUGCAUAUCCUAACAAUCACAGGCUUUGCAGGAUUCCCCUCCACAGCCAUGUUUCUUCCACAAGUCUUUAUCUAAAGUGAAAGGGGCGAUUUGAUUGGUUUUUGGCAUCACGUGACCUCAACCUGCAGUCUUCAGUAUUUUGAACCAUCAGCCACGAUGUUUUUCUGUUGGUGGGAGUUUGAUUUAGAUUUUUUUUUUUUUUUCCAUUUUCUUCAAGCGGCGAUUCCGAGAACCAACUAAUCGAAUUGGUGAGGCCUUAUCAUUGUUUCAUAAUACCAGACGUAUGUUUGCCGAUCAUGAAAAAUGACCUGUUUAAACGUGUAUACAUGACAGAACUGAAAUAAGUGUUGCAUCAUGUGCUUGAUGUUCAGAGGAUGAGAAGUCAUCGUCACUGCUCCUCCGUGUAAGGAGUAUAGUUCUGGUCUUUUGUUCAUUCACAGGUUCAUCUAAGGUCAUCUAUACACUCCCGCUUCCUGCCUUCUACAUCAGUCCGUUUCAGUCCCUCUGAUUUUCAUGCAUUCUGUGAUCAGAUGAAACAAAAAUAGAGCUUUUGGCAACAAAUAUUCAAGAUGGUUUUGGUGAAGAGGUCAUACAGAAAAGAACCUAAUCCCCCACUGCUGGUGAAGGAUGUGUGAUAUUAGAGGACUGUUUUGUUUUUUCUUCAAAGGUCCUGGAAAUUCAUCUUGGGAUACAACACAUCAUGUACCAGGAAAUAUUAAAUGACAAUCUGGCUGCCUGUGCCAAAAAAGCUAAAACUGGAUCACAAUUGGAGCUUUCACAGGACAAUAAAUGCAUCCAAUCCAAAACAUUCACACAAAAACGGUUCACACUCAAGUUUUUGAAACCGUCGUUCCAGUGUCCUGCUGUAAAUCCCAAGUCUGUGGAGCGUGUUAGAGGAGAGGAGUCCAUAACAGAUCUUGGAGGCGAUUGUGGAAUGGUGUCAGAUUCCUUUCUGUGUUCUCUAAUCUCAUCAGACGUUAAAGGUGAAAACUCAGCACUAUUGCCAAAUGCCGGGGUGUCAAUAACUGUGAUAUGGUUUUGUUUAAAAACUUUUUAAGGCUUUCACUGAAUAAAUUUACUUCAAUUAAA